GCACGCGGGUCGUCAAGUGCUAGAGCGCCAUGGCGGCGGCGAUCUAUCGCCUUCUUCCUCUAGUCGGGAUCCUGCUCGUUCUUCCAAUGCUGAUCGAAGCUAUCCAUCACAAAUGCGCCGCUUGCAAAGCCGUCGCGGUGGAGCUGGAGCUGGCUCUUGCAAACGAAAGGCCGAGGAACGACAUCGACUUGCGACACAGACUGGAUUCGAAGGGGCAGCGACAGGGACGAGUAAUCCAAUACAAACUUAGCGAGCUUAGAGUGUUGGAGCUCCUGGAAGGCGUUUGCUCUAGAGUGAAAGACUACACCCUUGACAAGGCGACUGGCGAGUGGAUCAAACUUAGCAACAGUGGCAACAGGAACGAGGAUGAAAAGCGAGAAGCUGAAGUACACUCCAAGGAGAUUGCGGUUUAUUGUGGCAGGCUGCUUGAAAAGCAUGAAGACGAGCUAGCCUCGACGAUAAGGAGUGGCGAAAUGGUGGCGGGUUCUGUUAACACAGUUUUGUGCAACAACAUCUCCAGAGAUUGCAACACGGAACGAGAAGAGCUCUAACAUCUUCAUAAAAGAAUUGCAACAUUGUAGACAAUUGCUGACUGCUGAGAAUAACAGAAGGAAAAACCGAUGCUUACACUAGUUUACAAUAAGAGUGUCUUCUUGGUGCAGGCUGCUGCAGCAAUCAGCUUCUCCAGAAAGUGCAAGCACUAAAAAAAAA